CUUUCAUCUACCUGAAAGAGGGUUCCAAAGAGGAUGGAUCCAGACUGUUCUCAGUGGUACCAGAUGACAGAACAAGGAAGACAAACAAGACAGUCUGCUGGAAUUAUGGGCAGGGCUCAGAAAACCAGUCCUGGACAGCACAAGCACUGUGAGAAAUGUUUCAACCGGCAAUGCCAAGUCCCAAUCGAGCUCACCAUCUCCUGCUUAGUGAUCAACUGCCAUUCACGCUGUGGGGCUGUCUUUCAUAUGUGUAAACAGGAAGAACACCAACUCCUGUGUCCCCUAGAGCAGGUCUCAUGCCUCAACGCAGUUUAUGGCUGCCCUUUCUCAAUGGCCCGUUUUAAGCUGGCAAAGCACCUUCAGGUCUGUCCAGCCAGUGUUGUCCACUGCUCUAUGGAAUGGAAUCGCUGGCCAAAUGUAGACUCAGAAACCAUUCUACAUAAGAACAUUAUGAAGGAGCCACAUAAUGAACAGUGUCUGGAUACAGCUCUAGCCCUCAGAGAUCAGAAGAUUCUUUUUAGGACUCUGAAAAUGAUCGAGCUGUUUCCAGAAUGGAGAGAAGAUGAUAAAAUGGAAGAACCAAUAGCUGGAACUGCAGGUUUGGAAGAAGGAGCCGUUGGAGGAAUAGCAUGUGAUUCUAAAGAAGCUGAUGGCCAAGUUGUUGAGCUUACCCAACAGGAGCGUGAGGAUUUGGCAAAGGAUAAGAAGGGGAUGGAUCUAGUAAGUUACAAAGCCUGGGAGAAUAUGUUUAGCAAAGAGCUUUCAGCAUUGAAGGCAACAGACUUUUCAGCGAACUCGGGAAAAAAGGAAGGGGAUAGCUACAAGAAAACACGACAGAUUCUUUGUGAUGGCAACCCCAAAGAGAAGAUAAAGGAAGCAGCUAUUGUGGAAGAACCAAAAGAAAACAAAAAUAAUCAAGUGAUUACAGGUGCAGAAAAGACAGGUCUGGCUCCUUGGCAAGAUGGGAUCCUGGAGAGGUUGAAAAAAGAAGUUAACAUAGGGGAUUAUAACAUGUACCUGGUGCAUCAUGGGAGAAUGCUCAUCCAUUUUGGUCAGCUUGCUGCUUGCACACCAAGAGAGAAAGACUUUGUGUAUGGGAACUUAGAGGCUCAUGAAGUGAAGACUGUGUGCACCUUCAGAGUGCCAGUUAGCUAUCGUGGCAAAAGAGCACGACUUGGAGAUGCCUUGGCAUACAAGAUAGCAACGAUGGACAAGUCAGUGGAUACUUCAGAUUUGCAAAUAAGCCUUGAGGAAUUUCCUAAAUCAGAUACAGCCAGAAGUACACUAUUGUGUGCAUUGGAAAAGGAACUGAAAGGUCAUGAGAUCUCGGAAGCAAAGAAUAUUGAUGGACUGUUCAUGGAUUUUGGGACACAGACAUACAGCUUUCAGGUGGAACCCUUCUCCUCUAGAGCUGUUCUAGCAGAUGUUCUGGAUAUAAAAAGCCCACCAGAACUCCAUGUAGAGCUUCAUACUGAGUGUGUUACUAGAAGACAUAACAAAAGCUGCUCAGCCUUCACAUUCACUUGCAAUCACUUCUUCAGGAGGGAUGAGUUUCCUUCACAUUUCAAGAAUGUUCAUGCUGAUAUCCAGUCCUGUCUAAACGGAUGGUUCCAACAUCGUUGUCCACUUGCCUACUUGGGAUGUACUUUUGUUCAAAACCGCUUCUACCCUGCUAGUCAUAAAGCAAAGAUUAUCUACAGCCAGCAUCUUGAUACAUUUGCUAUUAAACCAGAAGUUGACCCUGUGCCCUCUGAAAUACAGAAAUGCAAUUUUACAACAAGUAAUCAAGGAAAAAAUAAAGAAUCCCUGAGCAGCCUUCCAUUGGAACUUUUACAAUAUAUUGCUGGGUUCUUGGACAGCUUCAGCUUGUCUCAGCUGUCCCAAGUGUCUGUAUUGAUGAGGGAUAUCUGUGCCACUCUACUUCAAGAGAGAGGGAUGGUCCUCCUGCUGUGGGAGAAAAAAAGAUAUUCCCAUAGAGGAACUUCAUGGAGAGCUCGCAAAAAGAUCUGGCAGUUUAGCAGCCUGUUCUCCCCUGUUAACAACUGGCAGUUCAGUGACAUUCCCUCCAUGUCUGAACACCUGAAGAUUUGUCCAUUCUAUGAUGUGGAGCACAAGAAGAAUCCAUUCUUGCUGGCCAGCAUGUGUGGACCCCAAAAGCGGGCUCAAGAUAGCUUGGUCUCAACCUUCAGGAAUGGAUCCUGAAUACAUCCUCCCAGCUUCCUCCCCCAGGUCUCUCAGAGGAGUAUUGGGAUCUGGGUUGUAGAGGUUAUUAUGUGGACACCCCAUAAGAAAAUUCCCUUUGGAAACACAAAAUCAACCUUUUGCAGUUCUGUUUGGAAUAUGUUGCAUCAUUUCCCUUCAGUAUUUUAGCAAUACUAAAAAAAAAAAAAAAAAAAAAAAAAAUCAGUACUUCAUUCAGCUGAUUGCUGAUAUCACAGGCUUUCUGUUUAUUUUUUGUGUUUCAUGCUUGCUCAUAAAUACAGCCACCUGGAAAAAGCAAUGAUAAGAGUACUGGUUUAUAGUUGGCAGUCUGGAAAUCAGGGAAAAGCUACUGUCACCAUACUUUUUCCCUGAGAGAGGAAAGAGCAGCUAGAGUACCUAGUUUGGAUGAAUCUUAUCCCUGUCAGUAAGCAGAAUCAUCCACAACUACUAGCAUACAGAGAAAUUCCUAGAGUGUACAUUUGCUAGAUUACUUAAAAACUGACAGAUGUGGAGAUAGCAAAGGUACUGGUGUGCAUAGGCACAGGAGAACAAGCCCCAAAUUGGUGGAUGAGUUACAGCUGUGUAGAUGUUUUAUCAAGGAGACAGGAAUGCAUCAAACAGUAACAAACUGAUAUUUGAGGGAAAAGGACUUAAGGCCCUGAUUCAUGAAAAUAUCCCUAUUCUGGACCACAUUUAAGUGCAUGCUUAAAGUAGAGAUGGUUGAAACGGUUCAAAUAAAAAAAUUCUUUGUCAAAAAUGACAGCCAAAAUUAAAGACAGUUUUUUGACAAAUUCGCCCUAAAUGACAUACUGUUUUCAAUGUCAUGCAGUGAGUCAGCAGCAUUAGAAACAGAAAUUCCUGGCUUCUGUGCUCAAACUUCUAAACAAUUCUCAUUUGGCCAGCUGAUGCAAAGUGGAAUAGCACCAUGAAAGUCAGUUUAUACCAGUUGAGGAUCUGGCCCAUUUUACAAUUAGUACCUGUCCCAAUGGUGUUGGUAUUAUUCUAGCUCUGGUCUGCUUGCGUCAAGUCCAGAGAAAAUUGCUCUUCUAGCUCUCUUUAUAGUGAGAGAGAUUAUGACAUCAGUUUGUUAGGCCCAAAAAAAUGAAGUAUAGAACAGGUUGUUUGGCCAGCUUAGCCAAAGUUAGGCUAACAGUAGUUGCUGGGCCAUUCCUGUCUCUCUGUAAAACCUGAGGACAUGCUUGCUUGAGCUGCAGAGAACGAGAUAAGAGGGGGGGGCUGCAUUCUUGUACCAAAUGUGCUAGGAACAGUUUGUUUGGACAUAUGAAGACUUGCAGUCUCCACUCCCUGUUUCUGUUCUUCAUCUGUUCUUAACUCCCUCCUUUCUCCUAGUUUCUAGUGCAUGACAACAAAGCUGAUAAGAAGUUGCUGAGGCAUCACGAAUUGUUUGUAGUGUCAAAAAAAUGCAUAAAUAUUAGAAGCUUUCUAACUAAUAAAGGGGGGUUGGGUUGUUUUAACUAUGACGCAAUGGAACUGUCUAUAUAACCCUACUAGUUGUUAAAACCGUGGGUGGUUCUCUCUGGAGACGGGCCGCUCUCUAUUGUUGUGUGCACUCCCCAAUAAAGAGCUUGUCACUGGACCUUCCUGGUGUUGCCUGUCUCUCUGCAGUCAGACAACGAACCUUGCCGUCUGGGUUCUGAGUCCCCGACAAGUUUCACCCCCCCAUUCCAUACCUGUCAUCUUGACUCUUCCUUUAUUCUGUCUGUAAAAGCAGGUCCUGGAGUCAGACUGGAGAGAAAGGGCAACAUUUUUAAUUUUGGCACUUCAGAGUAUGAAUUAGAGAAGAGAACAUCUUGACAGUGGUCUUUUUCCCUUCCCUUCAUUUGAUGCUGCAGGAUGUUGUCCUUGUUAACUGGUGGCCAAGCACCAGGGCCGGCUCCAGGCACCAGCAUUCCAAGCAGGUGCUUGGGUCAGCAAUCUGCAAGGGGCGGCAGUCCGUGUGUUUUUGCCCCCCCAAGCAGCACACCGAAUUGCUGCUGCGGACGGCGGGGGCAGUCAGUGUGCCGUUAGGGCGGCACGUGUGUUUCCGCGGUGGCAGCAAUUCGGAGGCAGCUUCUGUCUUCAGCUGCCCGCGGCGGCCGCCUCCAGCUGAAGACAGAAGCUGCCGCCGAAUUGCCGCCGCCACAGAAACACACGUGCCGCCCUAACGGCACACUGACUGCCCCCGCCGUCCGCAGCGGCAAUUCGGCGCGCUGCUUGGGGCGGCAAAAACAGUAGAGCCGGCCCUGUCAGGCACUAGCUGGGAUUUAAUUAAUCAGGAGAGGUAUGCUGAGCUGGUCUAACCUGGAAGCCUCCUUGCUUUAGCUGAUCUGAUAAGAGCUUCACUGAACUCGUCUGAGCUAGAACCUGCCCUGUUUAUCUUAGUGAGCACAACAUGGAUACAUUUUAAAGACAAAUAUCAAGGAGGGUUGGCUAGGAGAAGCUGGGCACCUGUUGCUUUUGUAAAACAACUUGUCUGCUAUAGAGGGGCUCAAAUUGGAAGACUGAAUCCAAACCUUCUCUAAUACUGAGGACAUUUGGAUUCAGAUCUCAUACUUGAAUUUCAUGGCCUGGCCCCAUUUUAGUUGCCUGUAUUAUUUUCAAAGAGUAAACAUCACAUUCUACUCUGGGUCUUGACUGACAGACUAUGUGUCAGUCCCAGUACCCUACACUGAAGUUAUGGCAUAGAUGAGACCUGGGAAGUAUAAGGAAUAUAUUUAAACACAUGAAACAAGCAUUGGCUUUUGGAACAAUAAGUGUUAAGUGGGUUUCCUGAGGAAUCCCUGGGGAGUGGUUAAUGUAAAUUCCACUACACCAGUUAUGCAAAAAUCUAGUCCUUUUAAACUAUGUCCUGAGGAGUGGGCCAUCAAUUGGUGAUUGCCCAUUCUCAGAGACUGGAGAUCAAAGGCCCAAGCUGUAUAAAGAAGCAGCUGAACCUUCCAGUUGGGGUUCUAGUGCCUGAUCUAAAAACUGACAUGAACAUGUAACCAAGGGGGCAAAUCCAGCUGUAAGGUUUGCAAGACUGACCCCUACCAGAACCCUAAAUUGGAAUUAGGGUGACCAUUAAUAAGUUAUUUAUAUGCAUGCAGGUACUUUUAUUCUUUUGAAUAUGUUUUCUCUGUAAUGCUUUUUACCUUAACAAUAAAUGUGCUUGCUUAGAAA